AUGAGGAGUUUGAUUUGGUGGAGUUUGCUGUUUUGCGUCACCGUGACGUCAGUCUUUGCUAAGAAGUGUCCGACUGGUUGCAGCUGUAGAGGGCCUCCUUCAGAAAGACAUACAGCUAUUUGUUUCAAAGACAAGGGGCCCAGCAAGGACUUCCCUCCGUCAAUUAAAACAUUAGAGCUACGUCAUGUUUCUGCGGGUUCUAUGCGAAGCUACAUCAAACACGCACCCGAUGUCACUGAUCUCAUACUUCACGAUUCUGGUUCAGGGGAUGUGAAAUACCUUCCUCCAGAUUUCUUCCAUGGAAUGAAACACAUCAAAGCAAUAACCUUCCAGAAGCUGAAGCACAACGUCGCCCCACAUGGUCUAGCUAUCGCAAUGGAGGGCCUUGGUCAACUACGAUUUCUAGAUCUAACUAAGAAUCGUUUGGAGUGCAGCUGUGAGCUUCUUGAUUGGAUAAACAGUCAUCACGUGAUGCUUCUAGGAGUGCCAAAUCUAGCGCCCUCUACACAUUGUAAAGAGGCCGGGUUUGACGAAGAUACUUACACUUCGACGGAACUAAUUGAACUAUGCGGAAGUUUGAACUCGACACAUGUUCAUGAAGUGAAGCAUGAAUCGUCUGCAGAUGAAAUAAGCAAAGUGAUGGACGAGUUUUCCAGUUCCAAGGUUGGGAAAGAUGUUGAUGAAGAAGACGAAGAUGAGGAUAAAGAUGUUGAUAAUAAUCAAGACGUUGAGAACCUUGAAUCGGUAACUGGGACCAAACACACAGACAAAAAUCGAGCUCUCUUCAAUUGGUUGAAAAAAGACGUUGAGAAAUCUGAAUCAGUAACUGACUCCAAACACAAAAUAAAACCUCAAUCAAACACCGAUUCAGAGAAAGACGACGAUGAGAAACCUGAAUCAGUAACUGACUCCAAACACAAAAUAAAACCUCAAUCAAACACCGAUUCAGAGAAAGACGACGAUGAGAAACCUGAAUCAGUAACUCGCACCAAACACAAAGACAAAGCUCAAUCUCUCAUCGAUUCGGAAAAAGAAGACGAUGAGCAACCUGAAUCGGUAACUGGCUCCAAACAGAAAGUCAAAGCUCAAUCUCUCACCGAUUCAAAGAAAGAAGACGUUGAGAAACAUGAAUCAGUAAAUGGCUCCACACACAAAGACAAAGCUCAGUCUUUCACCGAUUCGGAGAAAGAAGACGAUGAGAAACCUGAAUCAGUAACUGGCUCCAAACACAAAAUAAACGCUCAAGCUCUCAUCGAUUCGGAGAAAGAAGACGACCACAAAGUCAAAGAGAAUCUUGCGAAUCUUGAAUCGGUAACUGGGACCAAACACACAGACAAAAAUCGAGCUCUCUUCAAUUGGUUGAAAAAAGACGUUGAGAAAUCUGAAUCAGUAACUGACUCCAAACACAAAAUAAAACCUCAAUCAAACACCGAUUCAGAGAAAGAAGACGACGAGAAACCUGAAUCAGUAACUGACUCCAAACACAAAAUAAAACCUCAAUCAAACACCGAUUCAGAGAAAGACGACGAUGAGAAAUCUGAAUCAGUAACUGACUCCAAACACAAAAUAAAACCUCAAUCAAACACCGAUUCAGAGAAAGACGACGAUGAGAAACCUGAAUCAGUAACUGACUCCAAACACAAAAUAAAACCUCAAUCAAACACCGAUUCAGAGAAAGAAGACGAUGAGAAACCUGAAUCAGUAACUGACUCCAAACACAAAAUAAAACCUCAAUCAAACACCGAUUCAGAGAAAGACGACGAUGAGAAACCUGAAUCAGUAACUGACUCCAAACACAAAAUAAAACCUCAAUCAAACACCGAUUCAGAGAAAGACGACGAUGAGAAAUCUGAAUCAGUAACUGACUCCAAACAUAAAGACAAAGCUCAAUCUCUUAUCGAUUCGGGGAAAGCAGACGAUGAGCAACUUGAAUCAGUAACUGGCCCCGAACACAAAAUAAAAGCUCAAUCUUUCACCGAUUCAGAGAAAGAAGACGACGAGAAACCUGAAUCGUUAACUCGCACCAAACAUAAAGACAAAGCUCAAUCUCUUAUCGAUUCGGGGAAAGCAGACGAUGAGCAACUUGAAUCAGUAACUGGCCCCAAACAUAAAUCAAAAGCUCAAUCUUUCACCGAUUCAGAGAAAGAAGACGACGAGAAACCUGAAUCGUUAACUCGCCCCAGACAUAAAGACAAAGCUCUAUCUUUUAUUGAUUCGGGGAAAGCAGACGGUGAGCAACCUGAAUCAGUAACUGGCCCCAAACACAAAAUAAAAGCUCAAUCUUUCACCGAUUCAGAGAAAGAAGACAACGAGAAACCUGAAUCGGUAACUCGCCCCAAACAUAAAGACAAAGCUCAAUCUCUUAUCGAUUCAGAGAAAGAAGACGAUGAGAAACCUGAAUCGGUAACUGGCACCCAACACAAAGACAAAGCUCAAGCUCUCAUCAAGUCGGAGGAAGAAGACGAUGAGAAACCAGAAUCGGUAACUCGCCCCAAACACAAAGACAAAGCUCAAUCUCUUAUCGAUUCGGAGAAAGAAGACGGUGAGCAACCUCAAUCAGUAACUGGCUCCAAACACAAAAUAAAUGCUCAAGCUCUCAUCGAUUCGGAGAAAGAAGACGAUAAGAAACCUGAAUCGGUAACUGGCACCCAACACAAAGACAAAGCUCAAGCUCUCAUCAAGUCGGAGGAAGAAGACGAUGAGAAACCAGAAUCGGUAACUCGCCCCAAACACAAAGACAAAGCUCAAUCUCUUAUCGAUUCGGAGAAAGAAGACGGUGAGCAACCUGAAUCAGUAACUGGCUCCAAACACAAAAUAAAUGCUCAAGCUCUCAUCAACUCGGAGGAAGAAGACGAUGAGAAACCUGAAUCGGUAACUCGCCCCAAACACAAAGACAAAGCUCAAUCUCUUAUCGAUUCGGGGAAAGCACACGAUGAGCAACCUGAAUCAGUAACUGGCUCCAAACACAAAAUAAAUGCUCAAGCUGUCAUCGAUUCGGAGAAAGAAGACGAUGAGAAACCUGAAUCGGUAACUGGCCCCAAACACAAAGACAAAGCUCAAGCGCUCAUCAAGUCGGAGAAAGAAAACGUUGCGAAUCUUAAAUCUGAGUCAGUAACUGGCUCUGAGCAGCAAGAAAAAGUUCAAUCUUUCACCGAAUCUGAGAAAGAAGACGUUGAGAAUCCUGAAUCAGUAAAUGGCUUCCAGCAGAAAGACAAAGCCCAAGCCCUCACCGAUUCUGGGACUGAAGACGUUGAGAAUCUUGAAUCAUUAAUUGGCUCACAGCACCAUGACAAAUCAAAAGCUCUCUCCAAUUCAAGGAAAACAGAUUUUAAAGACCUUAAAUCUGGUAGUGGUGCCCAACACAAAGACAACACUCAAACUCUCACCAAGUCAGGGGAAGAUAACAUUGCGAAUCCAGAAUCUGAAAUUGACUCCCAAUACCAAGCUCUCACCAAUUUGGGGAAAGAAGACGUUGAGUCGAGCCCCGAUUCAGUAACUGCCUCCCAACAGCAAUACAAAGCUAAAUCAUUCCUCAAUUCGGAGAAAGAAGACAGUCCCGAUUCAGUAACUGCCUCCCAACAGCAAUACAAAGCUAAAUCAUUCAUCAAUUCGGAGAAAGAAGACAGUCCCGAUUCAGUAACUGCCACCCAACAGAAAUACAAAGCUAAAUCAUUCAUCAAUUCGGAGAAAGAAGACAGUCCCGAUUCAGUAACUGCCUCCCAACAGCAAUACAAAGCUAAACCAUUUACCAACUCGGGGAAAGAAGACGUUGAAAGUCCCGAAACAAGAACUGUCUUUAAACACCAACCCAAAACUGAAGCUCUCACCAGUUCGGAGAAGGAAGACUUUGCGAAUCCUGAAUCAGUAACUGGCUCCAAACACCAAGAAAAAGCUCAAUCUCUCACCAAGUCUAGGAAAAAAGACUUUGAAAACCCUGAAUCUGGAAGUGGUUCCCAACAACAAGACGUAUCUAAAGCUAUUACCAAUUUCGUGAAAGAAGUGAGAGUGACAGUCACAACAGCACCCGAAUCAAGAGGAGAACUAUUUCAGGAAAUCCAUCCUCAUCUGAAAAAAGACGGACAAUUUUUGCAGUCGGAAUUUGAACGAAUAGAAGAAUAUCGCAAAAGGUUAUUGUCACUCCUUGACGAACAUCGAAUGACACCAACGUAUUCGACACCGGAAUAUUCUAGUCCGACCAAGAUUGAUACCGUGGUAUCGAAUAAUGACAUCGUUGAACCAGUCACCACACAAGAAACACUAUCACCCGAUGAUAAUGAAGUUAUCGAUUACUACGAUGCUGACAUGGAGUCGAUUCUCACGACCAUGAAAACAAUAACCACAACGCAACCUUCUGACAAGAACCCAUCCAAAGUGUCUGAGGAGACACUAGAAGUAACUUCAGAUCCAGACAAUAUGGCAACUUUCUCCUCACCACAUACCAAAAACUCUAAAGAUAAAUCUACUGAGAAAUUGAAAGCAGAGCAGAAAUCCCACAACGAUUCUAGACAUUUGUUUCUAGAGCGAUCCCCAAGCGGCGAUUUCGGUUCAUCGAUUCUUGACAGCCCGAUCGAUAUCCGAUUACAUCCGAUCGAUCCAGUAGAACUGAAGUUACUCAUCAAGUAUCUACAAAAUGUUUCUGAUGUCCAGAAAGCUGAGGACUAGUUUGGAAAACUUACACUGUAUUGAAAGACUCAGUC